AUGCCAACUCCUUUUACUUCCACAUUUGCUUCAGCCGCCGCCAGCACAAAUGGUGAAAAUUCAGGAAACAGGACCAACAAUAGUGCUGGAAAUGACUGGUCAAGAAGUCGUGUGAACGGGGCUACUCAAACUUUCCGCAGACCUUCUGUAGCCACCACACCUUCCAGUUCAAAUCUACAAGCACAAGCACAGCAGCCGCGCGAUAUGCCUCCCACACCGAGUGCUGCCCACGGAGGUGUCUACAUUCCACCUCACCUGAAUGCGAAUCAUCCAUCCAACUCGCCCCGAUCACUUCCCUCGGGUGAUAUCCGCUACAGCAAAGAACAACUGUUGUCCAUUUACCAGACGCUGAAAGACUCCGCAGCUCUUGACCGUAGCCUGGAGGAUAUCUUCUUGGGAUCCUGGGAUCCUUUGGAAGGGAAGAAUGGCAUUUCCAAUCAAACAGGGCGUGGGGAAUCCAAGGACCAAGUUCCUGGCCCCGAAGUCUGUUGGAAUUACUCUGAAGCACAUCCCUUAGGUGUCGCGGACUUGACAGAGGAUGAGAGACAGCUCUUCUCAACUUCAGUCAAUUCUCCAAUCAAACUACAACAGAGUACCACGAAAGAAGGUGCGGGAGCUGGGACGGUCGCAGGACGAAAGGCUUCGUUAUCAGGCUACAAUAGCGCCACACAAGGAUCAAGACCAGGCCCACGACGAAGGGAGACAAGUGAUUCAUAUGUGGGUAACGGACCUUUAUCACCAGUAGAAAGCAAGACCUUCUUUCGCGGGGAUACCAAUACUGCGACACCUCCCCCAGCGUUGUUGCGCCGCCGGACAGAUUACAAGGACGAGGAAGCCACACCGCCUUCCAAGGACGACCGCGAAGGAGAUGAAGCUACUGAUUCACAGUCACAGUUUCCUGGACCACGCAGAUCGGUCACUGGCCCUCUAAGUGCAGGUUUACAUCCUCCGUCUGGAUCGCCGUGGUCUGCUGGUACGCAAUCUGGCGGCUUUGGGUCCAUGGGAAGUUUCGGUAGCUUUGCAAUCGGAUCUGCAACCACUCCAACUGAACCCGCCGACAAAAGACCCGGAUUUGGGAGUGCUCGUGGUGGUAGUCGUUUCAAAGACCUUCUCUCCAAGACAAGCUCGGAGGAUAUCAGUCAAGGGCUCAAGGAUAAGGCAUCAUUCGGAGCUCUGGAGAAACUCCCCGAGGAGGAUGCGGACGCAGCUCACCUACGAUCACGAGAAGGACUGUCAACACGUCCAGGCCGUAGCGAGACCAAUCCUUAUGCGGAAAUUCCGGGUCGUAGCGGCAGUGCUGCUCUUGGAGGAUCUCAAGAUGACGUUCCAGUCACCCAAGGUAUCGAACAAAUGGGCUUUUCUGCGUACGGACCUGCUUCAAAUGUUGGAACCCGAGACUUUGGCAACGACGACUCGUACCAGCAGACACCACAUGGCCGUUUCAAUCCUCAUGAACCCAUGAGCCCAACCAAUACGAAUCCGUAUCAAAGUCCCCAGGGUCGACUGGAAGAUGAUGAACAAGACACGAAUGAUUCAGCCUCUCAAGCUUCAGGUCUGCCUCCGUUCGGUGGAAGUCGUAGGAACGUGUUUCCCAAUCCUGACGAUAGAGGCCCAGGUGCCGGUCUUCGUGGUCCUGGCGCUUUCGGCGGUUUAGGUUUUGGCGGCCUUGGAGGGGGACCUUCAUGGUCAGGUGCUGGAAUUGGUUCUGGAAAGCCUGCUCUCGAUCGAGGUAUUGGUACGGGUUUUGGUGAUCCAAUCUUCAGUCCCCUUGCCGAUUUGCAAUCGCCUGGAGCUGGUGGACUUGGUGGCGGCUUCUUCGCUUCUGGCGGAUUCGGCUCAGCUGGUCGCGCCAGUCGACUUGGUGCCAUGUUCCCCCCAGCAAUGCAAGAACAAAUGAGGGGAGAUAGCAGAAAUGAUAUUCCAUCCGGGGCAUUUGACUCUCGUCCUGACAGCGCCCAGCAUGUCAGCCGUGACCCUUUCGCGAAUGCAGGACGCACACUGGAUGGCUUCGGUCGUGGGUCUAGUGCUUUCGAAGAGUCACCGCCGGUCCGCACUGUUGAAGAGGCUGGUAGUAUCGGUCCUGCUGGUGGGUUUGGUCCACCUGGCACAGGUGCUCAAGCAGGAGCUUUGCCCACUCCUCAACCAGCGGGCGUUCGAGCUCCUCCGGGAACGGAAGGCUUCCAGUCUGCUCAUGGCCUCAGUCAAUCCAGCGGUAGCAGUGGUUCAAACCAGAUGCCAGCUGCACAACAACGACAGAUGGUCAUGCCAGAUCGGAUGCGGUGGAUCUAUCGCGAUCCUCAAGGAAACACUCAGGGACCUUGGUCCGGUUUGGAGAUGCACGACUGGUUCAAGGCUGGAUUUUUCACCGCGGAAUUACAGGUGAAGAAAUUGGAAGAUGUGGAAUAUGAGCCUUUAGCACAACUCGUCAGACGGAUUGGAAACUCUCGUGAGCCUUUCCUGGUACCACAAAUCGGUGUUCCUCAUGGACCUCCAUCCGCUGCUCAAGGCAAUCACUGGGCAACUUCAAUGGCUGGCACCGGAGGUCCUGCUCAACCACCAUUUGCUAGCAGCUUCCCAAGUUUCGGUACAACCUUGACUGCGGAGCAGCAGAAUGCUCUGGAGAGAAGAAAGCAGGAAGAACAAUUCCUCAUGGCUAGACAAAAGGAGCAUUUGGCUCAACAACAAAUGGCGAUGAAGCAUAUGCAGAUCCAGAAUGGGCUUCAUUCUUUACAACACCAUUCAAGCGCCCACUCAUUACAGAGUCAACCAAGCUUCGGCAGUAUCACAUCCCCUACUGGUUAUCAGCCAUCACCAAUGCAGGCACCUAUUCAACCCCCACAACAACAGUCACAGGCACCAACAUCUGGUCAAUCUUUUGGUCCUCCGGGAGGUCCUAACCCUGGACAGACUUUUGGUGGUAACCGUGACGAGGAUGUGCAAAACAUGAUGGAUCGAUUGAGUUUCAGCCAACGAGCCAACCUUCCAUAUGCGGGCGGCCCUUUAGGCCCAGCUCCCACGGACGCGGCUCCAUCUUCCCAACAGAUUUCUUCCAUGCUACAAGAUAGAGCUCGACUUCAGCAACAGCAGCAACAAUCCGAACUCCAAAGCCAUCAGGACACUUUUUUAGGCCAGCAGGGCCGCAACGACCGACUGGAAGAGUUCCACACCCUUCGUGGGGAGGUGGACAACCAAGCUGGUCGUCUCGGCCCUGAUGAGGCUCUCCCACAACCAAUUGGGUCUCAGCGCCAUUCUGAAGAUCAAAGCAGCUCGGCCACUGCGUCAAAGGCCCCGGUCUCCACACGCGAUCACGAAAACUUAUCAUUGGCUCAGCAGGUGCAGAUUGCUGCAGCAAGUCAACAAGCAGCUGCGGAGGAAAGUGCAUGGGCGAGGAUUGAUACACCCAUCGAACCCCCUCCUGUUUCAAUUUCCCCCCUUCCCGCCCCGGCCGCCCAGCGCAAUAGGCAACAUGUUGCCGAUGCACUGGCAGCCGAUUCUAGAUCAGCAACCCAAACUCCGAUUGAAACACCAUCCGCAUCCAUCGCGCCUUGGGCGGAGAGAAAUGUUGAACAUCCUAAAGGACCAUCCUUGAAAGAAAUUCAAGAAGCUGAAGCCAAGCGGGCAGCCGAGCAAGAAGAGAUUGCUGCUGCUGCACGACGGGCGCAAGCUGAUCUGGAGAGACAGGUUCAAGCUCAAGCCCCAGUUGCCGCACCUGGCCUGCCAUUGACAUCUACUUGGGGUGCGUCAUCAUCUCCGGUCAGUACACAGUCAUCGGUCUGGGGUGCUAAGCCCGCUCCUGCCAAGCCUGGUCCGGUCAGCGGUUCGAGUGCAAAGAAGACCCUUGCACAGAUUCAGAAAGAAGAAGAAUCACGUAAACAGCGUGCGGCUGUCGCUGCUGCUGCCUCUGCAAAUAUUCAAAAUGCUACCAGUCCAGCAUCCGCAGCAGUGGGCAAACGCUAUGCAGAGCUUGCCAGCAAAGCCGCUCCAGCAGUUCCAAAUCCUCUUGGAGGUGCAUGGAUGACAGUUGGAUCCAACGGAAAGAGCAAAGCCCCUCCUCCUGUUGUCGCUUCUCCACAACCAGCCACCCGUACUGUAAGCAGCACAGUUGUGAGUGCUGCAAAACCCCGACCCCCACUGUCAACCUCUCGAAGCUCAAACUUGCCCAAUCAAAGCAAGGCGAAUGAAGAGUUCUCGAAAUGGAUCAAAGGAUCACUCGGGAAGGGGCUCAACAGCAACAUCAAUCUCGAUAGCUUUGUGCAAGAUUUGCUGAUGCUCCCACCCGAUGUGGAGAUCAUUUCGGACUCGAUCUACGCCAGCUCCCAAACACUGGACGGUCGUCGCUUCGCAGAAGAAUUUGUGCGACGUCGUAAAUUGGCGGACAAGGGUAUCGUUGAACCAGCGGCGAGCGGACCAGCAGGUCUUGGUGCAGACAACAAGAGUGGUGCAGGUGGCUGGAGUGAGGUCGCGAAGAAAGGACCAGCGCCCAAGGAGGAGAGCACCUCCGCUUUCAAAGUGGUUGCCACCAAGAAGAAGGGAAAGCGCUGA